AUGGUGGAGUAUCCGGGAUUCGUGCGCGACGAUCGGCGCGCUUUGCGGACGAUGGGCGGCGAAGAGACCAUCGCAAAGGAGCGGUCGCGGGGCCGGAGGUUCCUGGAGGUGCGGUUCGGGGGGGAAGGGGGGAGCGCGCACGGGGCUUAUGGGGAUGCCAGUGACACUUGCGGGCCCUGGCGGACUUCCACCCUGGCGGACUUCCAGUGGGUGCCAUCGCUGCAUGCCCCGCACACACCGGCACGGCACCAUGCCGCCUCCUCCUCCCACUCCCACUCCCACUUCCACUCCUCGCCUGCUCCCACCGGUGCGUUCCCCCAUGCGUCUGUUCUUGUCUGCAUGCCAUGUUAUUCACCACUCCCAUACCAGCACCACCCUUGUACCAAAAUUGUCGUACCCUUCCCUGCCCUUCGCCAUUCGACCUCUGCAUCUCUGCACCUGUCCCUCUCUGCAUCUCUGCACCCGUCCCUCUCUGCAUCUCUGCACCCGUCCCUCUCUGCAUCCACUCUACAGCAGCGUCACCCUUCUCCCCAUUGGCACCUCUGCUCUUCACGCGCAAGGACAACCCACCCGACAAGCUCUUACCUGCCUGCCUGGUUGCCCGCCAUUGUACCGAGUACCCCUGCCCCUCCCUCACCCCCCGACCGACCCUCCCCCAGCACGCCGUCCCCCCCCUUUCCGUCUACGGACAUUACACCAUCACAGCUUCUCACCUCUUACUCAUCAUCGCUCACCUCUCUCACCUCUUGUGCAUCAUCACCCAGCGCAGGGGGGAAGAGAGGGGGAGGGAGAGGGGGAAGGGAAGGGGCAGGGGCUGCUGGUGGUACUGCUGGUGCUGGUGGCGCUGCUGGUGCGAAGGAGGGCCAACAAGCAAAUCUCAUUCUCUUCUCUGGGCUUGACUGUGCCACCACUCAGGUACUACCCUCCCACCCACCCUCCCACCCACCCGCCCACCCACCUGCCCACCCACCCGCCCACCCACUCGCCCAGGUAUCUCCUCUGCUCGCUUGCCGUUCUGUCCUCUCUUCUCCCCUCGUCCCGGCCCCCUCCUUGCCCCCUCCUUGCCCCCUCCUUGCCCCCUCCUUGCCCCCUCCUUGCCCCCUCCUUGCCCCCUCCUUGCCCCCUCCUUCCCCCCUCCUUGCCCCCUCCUUGCCCCCUCCUUGCCCCCUCCUUGCCCCCUCCUUGCCCCCUCCUUGCCCCCUCCUUGCCCCCUCCUUGCCCCCUCCUUGCCCCCUCCUUGCCCCCUCCUUGCCCCUCCUUGCGCUCCUCUCCCUCGCAUCCCCUCCCCCCUCCCCCCCACUUGUCAUGCCUAUUCCCACCCAUUGCAACUGCUGCCACUGCUGCAACCACACCACCUGGUCCUCCCUUUCCUCUCGCCCAACCCCUGAGCUGCGGGGGUGGCCGAGGGAGAGGGAGGCGGUGCGGGAGAGCAGUGAGGAGGGUGCUUAUGUGCACAUGUUGCGCCCGCUGUUCCAGGAGCGCCCUGUGUGGUCGCGCAACUCUCUCAAACACCUCCUGCAGACCCGCCACCGGCUGCUGCUGCCGAUUAAUGAUGGCAGCAUGAAGAGGUGCGCAGGGGUGGAGAGCGGUGGGAGGGAAAGUGAAUGA